GCAGCUGGCAGCUUCCCCUUUUCUGAUCUGCUCCAGGCUCUAGGCUCUUCACCCUCAGUGCCUCAGAGGAGGGGACAGCAGCACCAUGGCCCCCCACGCGGCCGCCAUCCGCCAGACCUGCUGCUGCUUCAACGUGCGCAUUGCCACCACUGCCCUGGCCGUCUACCAUGUGAUCAUGAGCGUCCUGUUGUUCAUCGAGCACUCGGUGGAGGUGGCCCACGGCAAGACCUCUUGCAAGUUCUCCAAGAUGGGCUACCUCAAGAUGGCCGACCUGGUCUCCAGCUUCCUGCUCAUCAUCAUGCUCUUCGUCAUCAGCCUGAGCCUGCUGCUCGGCGUGGUCAAGAACCGGGAGAAGUACCUGCUGCCCUUCCUGUCGCUGCAAAUCAUGGACUUCCUGCUGUGCCUGCUCACCCUGCUGGGCUCCUACAUCGAGCUGCCCGCCUACCUCAAGCUGGCCUCCCGCAGCCGCCCUGGCCCCUCCAAGGUCCCACUGAUGACCCUGCAGCUGGUGGACUUCUGCCUGAGCAUCCUGACCCUCUGCAGCUCCUACAUGGAAGUGCCCACCUAUCUCAACUUCAAGGCCAUGAACCACAUGAACUACCUCCCCAGCCAAGACAACGUGACGCAUAGCCAGUUUGUCAAGAUGAUGAUCAUCUUUUCCAUCGCCUUCAUCACCGUCCUCAUCCUGAAGGUCUACAUGUUCAAGUGCGUGUGGAGAUGCUACAGGUUCAUAAAGCACAUGAACUCGGUCGAGGACAAGAGCGACUCCAAGAUGCUGGACAAGGUGGUCCUGCCGUCCUACGAGGAAGCUCUCUCUCUGCCAUCCAAGGCGCCAGAGGGGGGCCCACCGCCGCCCCCAUACUCAGAGGUGUGACCUCGCCAGGCCCCAGCCCUGGUGCUGGGAGGGGCGGAGCUGCUUCGUAAUCCGCUUCUUUGCUUCGGUGGCCUCUGUGGCCUGGGCGGACCCCUGGCUGACUUCAGGACAAUCUGCUGUGUCUCCCUUGCUGGCCGGCUCCCCUGCAGGGCCCGUGAGGUGCUCGCAACUGGGCCAGCCCUCUGGGGCUGAACCACUUCUCGGGGCUCUCAAAACUCAGUCCACAAAUGCUUGGACUACUUCGAUCAGCUCCAACACUCGUUUAGAUGAUUGGUCAUUCUAAAUUUGGUGAGUUUCUUAAACAACUAUCAACUCGAUCAAUUCCACCAAGAAACUGACAAGCCAAAAACUCACUUGUCAGUUCAGUAAAGUAAUUUGGUCCAUUGCACUGGUUUGUAACAGCUCACACAGCGAUUUCGUUAUCAUCAAAGAGCCAGCUCCUAAAUAUACAUACACACACACACACACACACACACACACACACACACACACACACACACACAUUUAUAAUCAAUCUCUUCAAAUAGCUUGCUUAAGCAAUUAUCAAUUCGCCAACCAUAAGUCAUUUAGAAUAGUAACACAUAGAAUAGUGAUACAAUUCAAUUAAACAAUCAAGUUAGCUCCCAAAUAAUUUAAUUCAAAUUAACCCCACAACUGGCUGCCCACUCUGGUCAAUUUGGCUCCUCUGUGUGGCUGUGUAAUUAUUAACGCAAACGAACAUUCAGUUAAACGGUUGUCGAACUGUCAUUCAACAAUCAGCUGCAGGAAGUGACAGGAGUUUCUGUCACAGAACAGUCCCUUCACACACACGACCGUCUGGCUGCGGAUUGCCACCGCCCGCAGUCAAGUGCUUGCCGAUCCAGUCCCUCUGUGGUCACAUAGCCGUGGGCGCUGUGAGGUCACCUCCGUCCCCGUCACCUUACUAACCAGUUGUCAGUCCAUGCCGCAGGCCAGGCCACCGAUUGCCGUCAAGUCAGUCAUAGGGGAGUCAGCUCUGCACAGAGCUUGUGACCAAGCAGAAGUUCACCCCUGCAGUCAGGCACGCCCGUCUGCUGGACUAAACCCAGAGGUCACAAAACAGGCAACAGGCAACCCCCUGUGGGCGCAGACCCCGCGACGGGCCGUGGUGGUGGUGGCGGUCACAAGGGUUUGGCCCCAGCAGCCCCUACUGCCUGCUUCCCUGUGGCCGGGCUCCCGAGGGAGCUGACCCAGAAGCGGGGACAGGGCUGUGGAGGCCGGCGUCUGGGGUCCGUGGGGGGCACAGAGGGAGAGGCUGUGCAGGAGACUCUGCACUGACACCCCUUUGUGCAUUGCUUUGUGUUUCAAUAAAGCAGCAACAAGCUUCU